AUGGCAAACUUGUAUUCGUUCCCCGAGCAGACGCAGCGUCGUCCUCGUCCAAGUCUGACACCAUCAUCAGACCCUCAGACACAGGGAGCACAAGUGCGCCAGUCAAUAUCGGAACCAACGUUCAGUCCAACAGGUCUACUGGGAGAUAGAUAUGACCUACUCAGACAAGAAAUGGAAGAAAGAUCACGCGCUGCCACACAGAGGCCAAGAGAUAGCCCCUUCAAUGGUGGCUUGCUUGGGGCUCUUGAUGAGUACGAGAAUCGACAGAUGGAGGUACCUCGUGGACAAAGAACUUCAUCAGAUACUUGGGGAGUCGCUGCGGGAUUGUCAAGAACGCCGUCGAGGAGGUCUUAUCGCGGGUUUGACGAUCUACAAUAUCCCAACCGACCUAGAAGGACUUCAAACGGGUGUCACUCCGCCACCUCUGCUGGAUAUGUCAUCCACGGUACCACAAAGACAACCCUCAUGGCGUGGGACGAGUGGUCGUGGCGUGGGAGCCUCUACUCGCCAGCCUUUAUUGACCCUAGAGGAGAACUCGAGAAAUUCAUGGAACACUUCCACGUCGCUGAGCAGAAGCCGUUCGAUGGCUUAAUAAUAAUGUACGCUUUCUACUAA